AUCACACACAUCAGAAGAUAGAAGACACACUGGAAGAUUGCUGUAGUGGAGAUAACAAUAUUAAAAGAUGGAUCCAGUCCCUCAUAAGUUCUACCACAUACAUGGCUUCCACUCCCGGAGUUUUCUAGACUCAUUCGGUUCUAGUAAACCAGAAAUGGCCUUUAUCUUUGAGUGUUUGAAGUAUCCUAUAAAGAAAUUUCACGAUGUAUUUUCCUCAGGUGAGUUUAAAGGAGAUGUGUUAAUUGACAUCACCAUUGGUCCCUUCAUUCAACAUCUCUAUGCAGCGCUGGAAUAUUUCAGAGAUAUCAUCCUUCUCAAGCCUUCUGAUCACUGCAUUGUAGAAGUGAAAAAAUGGACUGACAGCCGAACCGGAGCGUUUGAUUGGUCGCACUCCUCAACACUUGCUACAGAGAUGGAAGGAAAUAGGGUCGAAAGUGAGCACAAAGAAAUUAAACUCAGGGAGGCAAUUACACAUGUUGUAAAAUUCGAUAUCAACAAAGAAAAUCUCACAGACCCAAUCAAGGUACCACAAGCUGACUGCCUGGUGUCUUGGGCUACUCUGGACUGCAUCAGCAAAGAUCUUGAAGAUUAUGUGAGAAACUUCAGGAAAAUCUCAAAGCUUCUGAAACCUGGUGGGCGCUUGAUAAUUUAUGGACCUUUAAAUAGCACAUUCCUUAUUGUUGGGGGAGAGAAGUUUCAUAUGGUAAAGCUUAAUGAAAAUUACUUGAGAAAUAUGCUCAUAAAUGAAGGGUUUGUCAUCACGCAUUUUGAGGUUUCUGAAAGACAGGCUGUCACUGAUCUGAUUGAUUUUGAUUCGAUUGUGUUUUGCACAGCUUACAAGGAACAGAAGCUUUAGGCCAAGUUUACAAUAUUGCAUUAGAAAGGGCACAUGCAUUUAAAUAAAAAGUGCAAUUUUAUUGCUUAAAAUGUAAUGCAAGGCAAAAUGCAGGUUACGCAAACUUUGAAUGCUUUUUCUUCCUGGGAAAUGUACCAAUGCUCUUAUUGCAAUGUUUAUUGUGUUUUAGUGCAUUUUAAGUGUGUUUUCAAUGUGUUGCUAUUGACUAUAAUGAAAUGUGCAUAUUUAGUAUUUACCAAAAACUCAGAAAAGAUGUGGAAAGCAGGAUUUUGUCAGAA